CAGCUAAAUUCUGCUCUUCCAAAACUAAUUCUCUAUUAUGGGAUCUUUCCAUGAAUUUGUUUUCUCAGUGCUGCAGCUGCACGGAUUAUCUGAUACAUUUUGUACAGCAUCACGGACUCGGAAUUAUCCUGGCCCGACCAUUGCGCCAACAACUGCGUGUCAGUUAUCACCAGUACAGUAUUUGGACAACGACAACCUUCACCACGAUUAGAUCUCUACAAAAGCAUUGCUUGCUUCAUUCCCGUAAUGUUUGCGCAUGGCUUCGAUCCUUCGUAAUCAUACACGCGACGGCGACUUCGACUAUUAGGACAUGGCCCGGAACGGCUAUGGGGGCGGGGGCUACGAAGACCCUCCUUAUACAAAUGGCAAUGGCAAUGACUAUGGAGCACCGGUAGGCUUUGGUCUUCCUCCCGGAGCAGAGGAUUAUGAUCCAUACGGCGCGCCAUACGAAGAGCAAUUCAGUACUCUAGUUGCGACGAACCCUUACCCUCCCCCGGCAGCACGAUCCGCGCGUUCGCGACCUCAAAGAGCAGCACCAGAAAGCAGCGCGGAGAAGGAGAUUGGGAAAGCUCUCGAACAUAUCAAGGAAUCAUGGCCAGCUAUGUGUCAGAACGAAUGUGUGCCGGUACAUGUUGCACUACAACUGCUGGAUACAAGCUCUGUUGGUAGGGCGCAUGAGUAUGCGGAAUUCGAAAGCACCCAUAGGUAUCUCCAAGAUUCCUUGAAGGCAAUUGUGCACGAAUACCACCAGGGCUUCAAUAGUUCGAUUGGUACUUUUCACAAGAUCCAGUCCAGUAUCCAAGCUUCGCAGAAAAGAGUUCGAACGCUGAAGGAGUCCCUGGCCCAGUCCAAGACAAGCCUUGCGACAUCAGAUCCGGAAUUACGGAAGCUGGCAUCUUCCUCGAAUGAAUACGACGAAUUAUUGCAUACUUUAGCAGAAGUCGAGGAGCUGCGACUCGUGCCGGAUCAACUGGAGGCACGGAUAUCAGAAAAGAGAUUCUUAACUGCCGUUGAUGUGUUGCAGACUGCGUUACGCCGGAUACGAGCACCAGCGCUGGAUGAAAUCGGCGCAUUGAGCGAUUUGAGAAGCUAUCUUGCAAAUCAGGAAACGGCAUUGUCUGACAUUUUAAUCGAAGAACUCCACGAUCACUUAUACCUCAAAUCUCCCUACUGCCAAGAAAGAUGGCAGAUACUCGCCAAAGAUCAAGCCGGGAUUGGAAAAGCUCAAUUGGAUGCGAGGUCUUCUAUACGGCCAUUCUAUGAGGUGCUGGAUACGAUGGACAUGACACAGCCUAUGGUUGAAGAGCCAGCCAGGAAUCCAGAAGCAGACACUUUUUAUUAUAUUGUCUUGCUGGUAGAGGCUUUGAACAAAUUGGGCAACCUCGAAGCUGCUGUCAAUACCAUCAAACAGCGACUUCCGGUUGAGCUAUUCGGUAUUGUCAAUGAAACGAAUGUUGAAGUUGACCAGAAGCAUCCAAGUUCCCUCAGAGGAGGCAUAUCGAAUUCUCAGGGAAACCAGGCAUAUGGAAGCCGGGAGAAUAGCAUACGCGCUGAUGUUAUCCACGACCUUCUAUGGACCUUGUACGCCAAAUUUGAAUCUAUAGCUGAAAGUCACCGUGUUUUCCACGAAUCCGUAAAAGCCGUCGUUCGUCGAGAAGGAGGGUCCAAAAACCAACCUGUCCUUUUGGGCGGCUUCAGAGAGCUUUGGAAUUUAUAUCAAAACGAGAUUCGGUCAUUGCUACACAAUUAUGUCACGACUGAUGCUGAUAUUUAUCAGUUUGAUUCUGCUCCAAAGACAGGAGCCUCAAAAACGAAUUCGAACCGAGAACAGCUGUUCCAAUUUUCUGAUGCUGAUUCGAAGUCUCUACAAAUGACCACUGAAUAUCAAGACUUGGAAGGAAUUAUCCGAGCAGCAGUGCCUGGACUUAUGUCUAAGCAGGGUACAGAUGGGAAGAAGCUUCCUCAAAAGGACAGCAUGAUAGGCCGAAAUGGAUCGCGACAAGCAAAUGCUUUCAACGACAAAUCAGGAGGAAUUGGAGCGCACAAAUCGCUGGUGGGCCCCAGCGUGUUCAAUAUGAGUUUGCUAUUGCCUCCAACGCUCGGCUUCUUACAAAGAUUGAAGAACAUUGUCCCCCCUGGUUCAGACCUUGUUACUAGCACUCUGACAUCCUUUCUCGACAAUUUUCUUGUCAACGUCUUUCUACCUCAGUUGGAUGAGACAUUAGGAAAACUUAGCGAUUCCGUAUUUGAAGAAUCUGACUCAUUUCAACAAGAUCCGCAAUGGACAAAUGUUGCUAGAAGACCAAUCUUCAAGGGUACCUCCGCGUUCUUUUCUCUUAUUACAGCUUUUUGUAAGAUGUUGGAUACCAUUCCUCACGAUCAAGCUUUGAGUCAACUUAUCAUAACCCAAAUGAUGAGAUACUACGACCGUUGCUGUGACUGGUUCAAAUCUUUGGUAUCUAGAGUUCAAGAUACAGAAGGCCCUACAAUGAAGCUAUCUGCUUUGCUGGCAAUUGGACCUGGUGAGAUCCAUGAUACAAUGAAAAAGAUGUGGACGUCGGAAGGAGACGAUGAACAAUUACUAGAGAAGGAAUCUGGGCUCCUUAUCCUUCAAACCAAUGAAAAUCCGAUGCGACUCGACGAUAUUAUCUUGGACCGGGAAACUAUUUCUUCUCUGUGCAUACUUUACACAAGCAUGAAAUGGCUUGCGAUCAAGGUAGACCAGCUUCGUCACAUCACGCGUAACGAUACAGAUUCUUCUCGAACAUCGGUACAGAAACCAUCAAAUAGGCGAUGGACUCUUCUGAAUGACUCUUCCACCCUGCAAGAUAACCAAGAGCCAGUCUACCUGCCGAUGACCCAGGAGACUGUAGUGUACGUUACUUCCAAGCAAUUCCUAUUUGCAUUAUACUGACUUUUCCAGGGCUUUUGAUUCAAUCGUGUCAUCCUACCAAGAACUAGCAGGCACGGUCCUUUUGACACUACACAUGGAAAUACGCUGCCAAAUCGUUCACGCGCUUACCAUUGCACUUUCACCCGAAUCAGCACCUUAUUUACUAGAGCAAGUAGUCAACGAUCCGGACCCUAAAAUCCUCAGUCUCAAUGCCGACCUGGCCUCUUACGAAGAGACAGUCGUCCGUUUCUUGCGUGAUAAAGAAAUCUCCUUCGUCCGUACUGGUCUAGGGCUCCUCAUCGACAACUUCCUCGUCACCAAUGCUGGAAUGGUGAAAGCUAUGAAUGCCCAUGGCUGCGGACGUAUGCAACUCAAUAUCCUCGUCCUUCAACAGAAUCUCAAGAAUAUCGAGGCGGAUGUAAGCCUGGCUCGUAGUGCGAAAUUCUUUGAUUUAUUCACAGAGGGGCCAGAUGCAGUGAUCAAGUAUGCUAGUGCGGAAGAGGGUAAGACGGAGAAGUUUACUUAUGAUGAUUUGAAGACGUUGGUGGAGUUGUGUUACAGUGAACAGAUGAGUAGUCCAGAACGGGGGAUUAGUACGGUGGCGAAGAGGGGAAUGGGUGAACAUCUUUUGUCACUGAGUGAGCAUAUGUGGCAGAGUUAG